UAAACGGUCUGUGGGAGCAUGCACGGUUGUUAUGGGAACAGUGUGCGGCAGCAUGAAGGAAGCCGGACUGAGCAAGUCUAUGGACGCAUACAGAUACAGCCCAUGCAUAGAGCCGCCAGUUCAGUGAGGAAGUGACAACAGAGUUGAAAAGAGACCUACAGACCUCAGCAACAAAUGCCAGUGUUACAAUCCACAGUUGCUCCAGUGAAUGGAAGGAUACGAUCCAGUGUACCUAGCCUGCCAGUGAUCAAUCCAGACAGGCUGAAAACAGCUAAAGCACUGGUGGACAAAGCUGUGAAGUUAAGGAAAGUGUUUUCAGUGCAGGGACCCUAUCCAGUGAUCCGUGCUGCAUUAUGGGCCAGAGGGUGGGUUGAACGUCGUUUGCCACAUCCCGUCCAAAGAUCACCUACUUACCCCUGCGAUGAGGAGGAGGAUGGUAAUGAUGGGCUGACCUGCAGUUAUUUUACUGAGAGAGUGGAUGAAGGUGAGAAAGGGGAGAACCUUGAUGACAUGUAUGACCUCAUGUCUCGCCUUGUUCGAAAUGAAAUAACGCAUUUCUACUGGACGACACGACGGGAUAACAUAGACUGUCGCUCCUUGCGGCACGACCAGAUGACCAAUCACUAUGCGAAUGCUGGAACAUUUACCACAAAGGUGGGACUUUGUGUGAAUCUGCGUAACCUUCAGUGGUUUGACACAGCUGAUCCUGACACUUUCUUCCCAAGAUGCUACAGACUUGGAGCAGAGGAUGAAAAGCAUGCAUUCAUAGAGGAUUUCAGGAGAACAGCAUGUACCAGCCUGCUGCGGUAUGUGGUUGAGACAAGUAUUUGGAGAAGAGAUGAACCAGAGGGGGAAAAACAAAAAUCCAAGAACAGUGUCACUGAAGAGUUGGAUAAUGAGGAACAUCGAUCUCUUGGUCCAGAAAUUAUUAACACAGCCUUACACGUGUGUCAAGAGUUUCUCAGUGUUCUAAAGCACAGCGACAUUGAUGUAACAGCAGAAAUCCCGCCCUCGGUGGAGGAAGCGCAAUGGGCAGAGUUUCUUAAACACUACUACAUGGUUGUGCAUAAAGGCAAACUGAUCAGGGGCAGCAGUGUAUUUGUGGAGCGUUGCCAGGAUAUGUUAACCAGACUUCAGGCUGUUUGCCCACAGCUGGACACAGAUGGAUUAAACAACAUCUGGAUCAUCAAACCAGGUGCCAAAUCAAGAGGAAGAGGCAUUAUGUGUAUGAAUCGCCUGGAUGAGAUUUUGGCACUUGUGGACACUGACAGAGCACUGACAAAAGAGAGUAAAUGGGUGGUUCAAAAAUACUUGGAACGCCCCCUGCUGGUCCACGGCACAAAGUUUGACCUCCGUCAGUGGUUCCUUGUAACUGACUGGAACCCUCUGACUGUCUGGUUCUACAAAGAGUGCUACCUGCGGUUUUCCACUCAGCCUUACUCAACAAAAACUCUGGACUGCUCAGUCCACCUGUGCAACAACUCCAUCCAGAAGCACUUCCAGCCAUCUCGUAACCGCCAUCCAGGAGUGCCGGAGGAUAAUAUGUGGUCCUGCUCACAGUUUCGCUCUUUUCUGCAGCGAGAGGGCCGUGAGACAGAGUGGGAGUCGGUGGUGAUACCAGGCAUGCAGCAAGCAGUGGUCCACGCUCUACAGACAGCCCAGGAUUUGGUGGAGCCCCGCAAGGCAAGCUUUGAGCUUUAUGGAGCUGAUUUUAUGUUGGGCAGAGAUCUGAGGCCUUGGCUUCUAGAGAUCAAUGCCAGCCCUACUAUGGCCUGCUCCAGCACUGUGACUGCGCGGCUCUGUCCUGCUGUGCAAGUCGACACGCUGAGGGUUGUGCUAGAUUGGAGGACUGAUCCCAGUGCUUACACAGGAGGCUUCAAGCUUAUUUACAAACAGGCUGCAGUUGAAGUUCCUCAGUAUUUGGGAGUGAACCUGCUAGUGGAAGGAGCGCCCAUAAAGAGAUCCAGACAUUACAGACAGUCUUUUAUCUCUAACUCACCUCUCACUCAUCAGGUCCAUCCAGAGCAGUCAUCUCAAGCUGUGGCUGAGCCAAGACACAAACAGUUCAGUCAGAAGCCACAUGCAGUUGCUGAUUUUCCCCUUUUAGGCAAGGAGAGCCAAGUGAAAAAGAGCCAGAUGACAUCUACAUGUCCAAAGAGGGAGCACGAUAGAAAAGCAGAACGUCAAAACACCUGCCCUGUUCGCAGAUCCUGCCGCAGUGUGGCAUGUGAACAGCCUGUGAGUGUACACACUGAACCUCAGAAGAAAGCACAGCGUUUAGGAUUACGUCGCCGUGUCAGUGGGGCAACCCUGGUGCCAAGGAGUCUAUCCUUUUCCUUAGACCCGGCGUGUUGUACAUCAGAGGGUAAACAUCAGUCCAUUCGUCAUCAUGCAUCACACACGUCCAAAUCCCUCCUUUCCCAGCGAAGUUCUGAGCCACAACAUAAGAUUUCCUCCAGGGUCUUUCCGUCCCUCCAGGGUCCCCUUCCAACCCUGGAGGUCUUUCAGUUGCAACCAAAUAUCGUGACUGGAACUAACGUUUGUCAUAAUUCUGCUUUUUUAUCUCACCCGACUACCCACAAGCAUCAGUUAUGUAUAAACUCUCAAAGGCAAGUCAAAGCUAGAUACAAAGGGGAGCUCACAGGAGAACAUAAAUACAAGAGAUGUUGAGUUGAUGGAGAUGGAGCACAGCCAGAAAUGCUGAACAUAAUUUACAUUUGAAUGGGCUGAAGCCAAAUUACCAGAGUAUCUGUUAGUUUAUCUAUAUGCAUGUCUGUACAAAAGUUUGGCCUUUUUAUAGGAUGUGGGUAUUUCAAUUCCCCACCAGGUGGCAAUAAAGUUUCAAUGAUCAAAAAAAAAGGUUCAAGGUUUGGUGAUGACAGGAAAUAAGCAGAGAAAAUCAUUCUGG